AUGUGCCUACACACCUGCCUGUGCGGGCAGGGAGACCUGCCAACCUUCCAGCUGGCCCAGGUGGCUGCGCCCACGACUGCAGCUUGCUUCUCCCACGAGGAUCCCGAGGCGCCCGCCAGCUCCGAGGCCGAACGGACGGCGCCCCCCACCCGCGACCAGCCGGCGCGCGAGGCUCCCUUCACCACCACGGCGCCCACCCUGAAGCUGCUCAACCACCACCCGUUGCUGGAGGGCUUCUUCCCCGAGGAGCCCCCGCCCAGGGACGCCUCGCAGCCAGCGCCCCUCCUCGCUUGGGCGACCCCCCGCCGCCCGCCCGCCCCGGGACCGGCCGCGACCCCCACUCCGCCGGCCGCGUCUCCAGCCUCGGGGCCAGCGGGAGCCGUUAGCCCUGCCUCCGCCCGGGACCCGCAGCCGGAGCGCAUCUCUCCCGGCUCCUCGGGGGUCGCCGUCUCCGGCCCCAAGGACCCAUCCCCGGGACCCACGUCGAGCAGGGGACCUGAGACCCCUCCUGCACCUGUGGCAGCAACUUGCAACUGGAACCUGACCGGACCUCGAGGCUCCCUGGCGUCUCCACUGCCCAGCAAUAUCCCGUACGAAGACGGCUGGCUGGACUGCGCCUACACCAUCUCGGUCUAUCCUGGUUACGGCGUGGAGAUCCGGGUGCAGAACAUCAGUCUGGUGGUAGGCGAGACAAUCACCGUGGAGACCCUCGGAGGCCUGGAGCCCAUUCCCCUGGCCAAUGAGUCCUUCCUGAUGCGUGGCCAAGUGGUCCGUGGCCCCACCAACCAGGUGCUGGUCAGGUUCCAGAGCCCCUCUCCUGCCAACCCGGGCUCCUUCCACUUCCACUUUGAAGCGUACUUGCUCAGUUGUGUCUUCCCCGUGAGGCCCGCAUACGGCGACGUCUCUGUCACCAGCACUCACCCAGGGGGCCAAGCGUGCUUCUCCUGCAUCGUCGGGUACCAGUUGGUGGGGAAGCCCUGCCUGGCAUGCCUCAAUGCCACCCAUCCCUUCUGGAACAGCCAGGAGCCCACCUGCAUCGCGGCAUGCGGAGGCGUGAUCCAGAAUGCCACCACGGGGCGCAUUGUGUCGCCUGGCUUCCCGGCCAACUACAGCAACAACCUCACCUGCCACUGGGUGCUGGAGGCGCCCCCUGGGCAGCGGCUGCACCUGCAUUUCGAGAAGGUCUCCUUGGCAGAGGACGACGACAGGCUGAUCAUCCGUAACGGCAACAACAUUGAGGCACCUCCGGUGUACGACUCGUACGAGGUCGAGUAUCUGCCCAUCGAAGGGUUGGUCAGCACCAGCCGUGGCUUCUUCGUCGAGUUUUCCACGGAUAGCGGCGGCGUGGCUGCCGGGGUGGCCCUGCGCUAUGAGGCUUUCCGCCCCGGUCACUGCUACGAGCCCUUCGUCAAAUACGGGAACUUCACCUCCAGCAACGGCAGCUACAAAGUGGGCACCACCGUGGAGUUCACCUGUGAGCCCGGCUACACCUUGGAGCAAGGCUCGGUCAUCAUCGAGUGCGUGGAUCCCUCCAACCCCCAGUGGAACGAGACGGAGCCGGCCUGCAGAGCUGUGUGCAGCGGGGAGAUCACGGAUGCAUCCGGAGUGGUUUUAUCCCCCAACUGGCCCGAACCGUACGGAAAGGGGCAGGACUGCAUCUGGGGCGUCCACGUGGAAGAGGACAAGCGCAUCAUGUUGGACAUACGUGUGUUGCACCUUGGCAAGGGGGACACGCUGACGUUCUACGACGGGGACGACCUGACGGCCCGCAUCCUGGGUCAGUAUUCCGGCUCCCACCGGCAUUUCCAGCUCUUCACCUCCAUGGCUGACGUCACCGUCCAGUUCCAGUCGGAUCCCGGGAGCAGCACCAUGGGCUACCGGAACGGUUUCAUCAUUCAUUUCGCCGAGGUUGCCCGCAACGACACCUGCCCGGAACUGCCGGAGAUUCCCAACGGCUGGAAGACCCCCUCACAUCCGGAGCUGAUCCACGGGGCCGUGGUUACCUACCACUGCUACCCCGGCUACGAGCUGGUGGGCACCGAGCUCCUGAUGUGCCACUGGGAUUUGGUGUGGAGUGGGGACCUGCCCUCCUGCCAGAGAGUGACCGCUUGUCCAGACCCCGGAGACGUGGAGCACAGCCGUCGCGUCGUCUCUGCCAACAAAUUCCCGGUGGGCUCCGCCAUCCAGUUCCUCUGCGACAAAGGCUACCUCUUGGCCGGCACCGCGGAGAUCGUCUGCCACGACCGGCCAGCCGGCGGCCCCAAGUGGAGCGACCGGCUGCCCAAAUGCAUCCCCGAGGUCUACGAACCCUGCACCAACCCAGGCGGACCUGAACACAGCACUCAGCACCCCGAAAAGCGGCUCUACCAAACCGGGACUACCCUGCGCUUCACCUGUGCCACCGGCUAUCUGCCGCUGGGCAACACCAUCCUCCGAUGCCUGCCUGGGCACCCCUCGCACUGGAGCAGCCCUCCCCCGCUUUGCAAAGCCGCCUCCAGCAAUGAGUUUUAUGCCAACCCGAAGCUGGACGCUGUGGCCAAGGUGAUGCCAGCCAGGGACCCCUUGCAAGGCUCCAGCGUGGCUUUUGCGGUCUUCCUACCGGUGGCUGUCGUUGGCCUUCUUCUGGGCACCGUCUACCUGUGCAUUUCCAGGCAUCAGGGGAAGUCCUCACUGCCAGCACCUCUGUCAGCUUCACAGUCCUACGACCAAAUGGCUGACGAGUCGGCUUUUGACAAUCCCACCUAUGAGACUGGAGAGAUGCCGGCGGCAGCGUAUGAAGUCUCCAUCUAGGGCAGAAGCCGCCCCUCGAGGGGGGGAGCCGGAGGGGCAGGCCCCACCCCCCUGGAUCACGGAGGCUCCCCCGCUCCUCCCCACACUGAGAAAGGACCUGUAAAUACCUCCCAGGAGGACCAUCACACGAGGGGCUGCUGGUGGAUGGUGUAUCCCACUCCAGGACCCCACGGCAGCUGUAACAUCGGACCCCCAGCCCUUUCUCAGCCAGGAGGGUCUCCUGUCCUGCUGACCCACCUGGGAUGCUCCCCACCCCACCCCAACUUCCUUCCAGAUCUCUCUAAAAACGCUCCUCACCAAGCUCUUGAGAUGCCUCCUGGACAAUCUUCAGCAACCAUAAUGGGACCCCCAACUUUUUCAAGCCUGGGU